AUGAUGGCUUCCGAGUCUGUUGCUCUGCAUCAGCUCGGUUUCACCAACAUGCGCGAUAUCAAACCCGGUGAGGCUGUUUUGAUCGAGAAGGGCGGCCAGCCCGUCUUCCGUCAAGUGGCUCCUCGCAAGGCCUAUGCUCCCGAUAUUUUUGAAUACGUAUACUUCGCUCGACCCGAUUCCGUCAUUGAUGGCAUCAGCGUCUACCGCAGUCGCCAACGUAUGGGUGAUCGCCUUGCCGCGAAAAUCCUCUCGGCUCUUGGUCCGGAGGUUGUCAAGGACAUUGAUGUUGUCAUCCCCAUCCCCGAGACGUCGACAACGUCUGCUGCUGCCGUGGCCCGUUACCUCGACAAGCCCUACUGUCAGGGCUUCGUCAAGAACCGCUACGUCUUCCGCACCUUCAUUAUGCCGGAACAGAAAACCCGUCAGAAGGGUGUUCGUCGUAAGCUGAACGCUAUGGAGACAGAGUUCAAGGACCGAAAUGUCCUUCUCGUCGAUGAUAGUAUUGUUCGGGGAACAACGAGUAGAGAGAUCGUCACAAUGGCUCGUGAAGCCGGGGCGAAGAAGGUCUACUUUGCCAGUUGCUCUCCUGCUAUCACUCAUGCUCACAUCUACGGUAUUGAUCUAGCCUCGCCCAACGAGCUUGUCGCUCACAACCGCAACGCCGAGACUAUCGCUAAGCACAUCGGCGCGGACAGCGUGAUCUACCAGACACUGGACGACCUCAAGGGUGCAUGCGCCGAAAUCGCCCAAGAGAACGGGUUAGAAGAACCGCAUAACUUCGAGGUCGGUGUUUUCUGCGGCGACUACAUCACCCCCGUCUCAGACGGAUACUUUGAGCACCUUGAGAAAAUUCGAGGCGAAGGGCGAAAAAUAAAAGCCGUGGAUCGCGCCAAAGAAGCCGUGACCCACGGGUUCGCCAGCGAAAAGGAUUUUCAAAUCGCAGCCAACGGCGUGAAAAUGGCCAAUGGCGAGAUCGUCCCAGCUGGUAACCCGGAGGAGUCAGAGGUGCCCCAAGUGGGAGUUUACGGCGCUCAUAAAUCCCCUCCCGUUGAGCAGGAGGAGCCUCCCAAGGUCAAGGAUCGCAUGGACAUUAGCAUCCAUAACAUGGCCGACCAUCACUAG